AUCAGUCAUGUUUUACAUCUUAGAGAAUCUGCCUAUCUCUAAUGAUUGGAGUUGUGGAGACAUUUUCUCAAUAUUUCUAGAACAAUAUUGUUGUGUUAGGGUUUCUUCCAUGUCCAUGUGUUGUAUUCAGUGUUUCUAUUCUGCAAGAUGUUAUACAGUAGAAAUGGCCAGAAGGCGGAUUUUGGGGUACUUUGAGAUAUAUUGGCAAGAAAUUAAUCUAAUUAUAAAAUAGUAAGGUAAAGGUAAAGAUUUUCCCUUGACAUUAAGUCUAGUCAUGUCUAACUCUGAGAGGUGGGGCUUACCUCCAUUUCCGGUGUUGUCUGUAGAUGCAUCCAAGGUCAUGUGGCCGGCAUGACUGCAUGGAGCACCAUUAUCUUCCCACCAAAGCGGUACCUAUUGAUCUACUCACAUUUGCAUGUUUUCAAACUGCUAGGUUGGCAGAAACUGGGGCUAACAGCGGGAGCUCACCCCGUUCCCUGGAUUCAAACCACCGACCUUUCGGCCAGCAAGUCCUCAUUCACAUUACAUUAUAUUACUGAAAUGGAGAAGGUUUGGGGUAAGCAUGAUGGAUUUCUGUGUGAAAGAACUAUGAGCGCUGUUCAUUUCCUAGACUCAGGGUUUUUUCAUUCUAAGUGUAUGUCAUUUCCACCAGGAUAUGUGCUUUCUUGGGGAGGUAGGAUAGGAACAGAGUGGUGAUGAUUAUUUGUUUAUAUAGUGCCAUCACUGUAUAUGGUAUUAUAUGUGAAGCUUACAAAUUGUUUAUUCGACAGUUUCCUACCCUUGGGUUUAUCAUCUAAAGACACAGUACACAACGAAAAGGAGAUGGCAGUAGAGAAGGAGAUGCUGUCUGCUGUUCUCUCCUUCUGGGGCCAUAAUAGUGACUAUUGGGAUACCUUCCAUCAGUUACUGGACAUGACGGAGCUGUCCCUGCCUGUUUUGAUGAGGUCAUGAGUGAAUUUGCAUGGAAGAAAUCAGACUGGGGAAAAUGAAAUGGAAGAUUAGCUAAAGUUUUGGUAGAAUUGUUCUAAGGGUAGAAGAAAACAGAUCAAUGUUUUGGUCUAGUAAGUUCUUUUCAAUGCCCAUGGAUGUGUGUCAUCCCAAGAGCUUGGCAUUUUAUGUUUGAAAAUGAAUGUUAUGGCAAAUGUUAGCAAUUGAGAAAUUUAUUAUUGUCCUUAAAAACUACUCAGCCUCCCUCAGAUUCCACUCCACCUUGCUUUCAAAUUGUUCUGACUUAUAGUGAUUUCUACACUGCCAUAUAACAUCCAGAUUAUCUGUUUUGAACUGGAUUAUAUGGCAGUAUAGAAGGGGCCUUAGAUGAAUCUGUUACAGAGGUUUCUGGGGCUGAAGGUGUAUGAUUUGACGAAGAUCAACCAGUGGGUUUCUUUGGAUGAGCAAGGAAUCAAACCCUGAUCUACUUAACCAUUCAAGAUCUUGGCACUUUUUAAAUAGUGUCAGAAGCUAUUUAAGAACAUACUGCAAGUCCCUUCUGAUGUGUGAGAGAAUUGACCAUCUACAGAGACAGUGUCCGGGGGAUGCCCGGAUGUGUUACUAUCCUGCUGGGUGGCUUCUCUCAUGUCCCUGCAAGCUAGAGCUGACAGAUGGAUUCGAACUGGCAACCUUCAGAUCAGCAGUCCAGCCGGCACAAGCAUUUAACCCAUUGCGCCAUCAUGGCUCCAUCUUGGCACUGAGACUGACAUCUUAACACAUUAUAAAGGCAUUUGUUGUAGUUUAGCCCAAAUUAUAUUGUUUCAUGGCUGGAAAGCAUAAUCACAGUUAUACAGUAAAUGUUUAACCUAAAACUAUGCAUUAAUAACUGACUGAUACUCAUGCUGAUAUUCAUGCUUCCUACAAAAGAGCAUAGGGAAUAAACAGCAAUGAUAAAAGCCCCAUUUUAAAUAACCAGGCAGCAGCUGCUGUGAACAACAGGAUACCAAGCAACAUAUGGUAAGUUUACAUUAUCACUUCGUAUGGUUGCUUUUUGACAGUUAAGUCCUUCAGUUGAAUUGAAGCUCUUUUAGGCACAAAGGUACCCUUCCCUAUCUCUUAACUGUUAAAAGAGUGUCCGGAUGUAUUAUACUUGUUUCAGUUGUUGCAUUUUAAAUGAACACUAAAUUGCAAUUACAUUGUUGUUUUUGUAAACACAGGCUUAGUACAUGGAACAAAUAGAGAUUUCCCUUACAAAACGGUCCAUCCUUUUAUUCUUCUUCAUAGUCGGACGUUUCUCAAGUUCCGUGGGACCAAGCACUGCUCCAAGUAAAUCCGAAAUCACCCAAAAUGGGAAGUCAAGUGAGAGGCUACAUGAAGUAACCUUAAUCUCUUCAGCCUCUUUUUCCUUCUGGAAAAAUGAAUUCAAACACAGAAGUUUUAAAAUAGCUCAUAGCUAAGACUUAUUAGUGAUAACAAGUAAAGGAAACUAGAUUGAUGCAUGCAAGUCUCUGGACAAAUCCACAUACACUUAUGAAAGUGUGUGAGUUGCAUAAAAUGUAUAUAUGCAAAUUUAUUUAACUAAAUUAAAUAACUUGAAUCCAAGCAGUCAACUGCCUAAAAAUGCUUGGGAGGGGCACAGGAGGGAGGUUUUGCUCCCUCUUUGUUAUCCAUAUCAUUAUCUUUCUGUGCCCAAUCUACAAUGUGGUGGACACAGAGUGUAUUGAUUUAGUUGCUAAGACUUCAUCCCACAGAAUAUUGGGAUUUGUAAUUUGGUGAAGGAUUUAGAAUUCUAUAGUGUACUUCUAGCACAGUUGUGUCAUUGUGUGAGUGUAAUUAUGUAGUAUAUCUGCAUGCUUUGUUAAUGGAGAAAGAAUUACAAAGCGUGUAACAUUGAAGAGCCUAUGACUGCACUCCUUUCUUAUCUCAGGGGAGGUCUGUUUGAGUAUUCUCAGGUGUUUUUUUCCCACAGCUUUAGGGGUUGCCUUAACUGAUUGAGCAGAGGCAGUUAAAGUUGCUUUCUGUACAAAGCUCAAAGCCUGAAACAAGGCAAGAAAAAAAUAUCAAAAUUUGGAAAAUGAGAAGUUCAAUUUUGUGGGGAUUUUAUGUUAUGUUCUUUGUUGGAUAUGCUGAGGAGGUUUCUACGUCAGAAGGCACCGUCAAAGGUCCAAGGAAACCAGUUCUUCUGGAGGAUGUAGCAGCCACUGAAGCGUUUAUCAAUGCUGCUGAAGUAGUGGUGGUUGGAUUCUUUAAGGAUUCAGAGCGACCAGAAGUUUCAGAAUUCCUCAUCAUGGUGCAAAAUAUACCAGAAGUGCCCUUUGCGAUCGCCAACGGCUCUCAAGUGCUUUCUCAUUACAAUGUCACCAGAAAUACCAUCUCCCUCUUCCGCAUGGUGGAUAACAAAAGGCAAGAUGUGGAAAUCGAAGAUAUUAAAGGACUUGAUGCCGACAAGCUGAGUCGCUUUGUCCGGGCCAAUGAACUCCGCUGGGUGACCGAGUACAACCCUAUGACUGCGGUUGGUCUCUUUGAUAGUGUGGUUGAGACUCAUCUUCUCUUGCUCACUAACAAGUCAUCCCCAAUGCACACAGAGAUGAUGAACAAGUACCGUGAAGCAGCCAAACUCUUUCAAGGGAAGCUACUUUUUAUCUUGGUGGACAUCCUGGCAAAGGGCAAUGACCGGGUUAUGUCUUAUUUCCACUUGAAGAAGUCCCAGCUGCCUGCGCUGGCUGCGUAUCAUACUCCAGAUGAGGAGCAGGAAGUGCUGUCCUUGGAUGACAUCUCAGUGGAGAUUAUAAAAGAGUUCUGUGAUGGCUUCUUACAGAAAUUGCAAGCAAAAGAAAAGCUUAAGACAGAGGAUAAGGUCCUGAAAGAGGAGCUCUGACUUUUUUUCAAUUUGACAACAGCAUGUGUCAUCUGCAGUUCUAUAGUUAAGCUUGUUUUUGAUGGGGAAAUAAUCAACUGCAAUUCAAUAGCCGGGUGAUCUUGACAACAUAGAAACAUCUCAGGCUAUGUCAACUGAAUGGAUAUACUUGUCAUAAAUCUUUCAGUUUAAAAUCUCA